AUGCAAAAGGUGUUAUUUUGGUUGAUAAUUUUCAUCCCUGGAUUGGCCCUCUCUGAUGGGUCUGGAGCAGAGCCGGCUCUUACGUGGCACUUGAGCAGAAUACCCCGGGUUGUGACUGAGAGGACUAUCCAGCUUGCCAGCCCCACCUUCCAGGCGGAUGCUGGCAUGGGGAUGGCCACUGUGUGUGGCAUCGAAUGUCAAGAAGAGCUCCCGGCUCCCAGCCUCUCCCAGCUGGAAGACUCCCUUUCCUAUGAGACGGUUUUUGAGAAUGGCACCAGAACCUUAACCAGCGUGAAAAUUCAAGGUCUGGUCCUGGAGCCCACUCAGAAUAGCAGCAUAAAAGGAGCACGGCCUAGGAGAAGGAGGCAGGUGUACGGCACGGACAGCAGAUUUAGCAUCUUAGACAAAAGGUUCUUGAUCAAUUUCCCUUUUAAUACGGCCGUGAAGCUGUCCACCGGCUGCAGCGGCGCCCUCGUCUCCCCCAAGCACGUGCUCACCGCCGCUCACUGCGUCCACGACGGGAAGGACUAUGUGAAAGGCAGUAAAAAGCUGAGGGUGGGAGUGCUGAAGAUGAGAAACAAAGGAGGCCGCAAGAAACGCAGAGGUUCCAAGAGAAGCCGAAGAGAAGCACAGGGAGGUGGCCAAAGCCAUAGCAGUCAGGAGCAUCCGCAGGAGAGCGCCGCCCAAAGACAGGGAAAAGAAUCCAGGCGGGGUCCGAGGGUCACCCAAGGGAGGCCUUCCUUUCAGUGGACCCGUGUCAAGAGCACCCACAUUCCCAAAGGCUGGGCGAGGGGAGAGAGUGAGGAACCUGCCUUGGACUACGACUAUGCGCUCCUGGAGCUGAAGCGAGCACACAAGCAGCAGCAGCACUUGGAGCUGGGAGUCAGCCCCACCAUCACCAAGCUGCCCGGAGGAGGUCGGAUCCACUUCUCUGGAUUUGACAACGACAGGAAAGAUCAGUUGGUGUAUCGGUUUUGCAGUGUUUCUGAGGAAUCCAACGACCUCCUGUACCAGUACUGCGAUGCUGAAGCAGGCUCCACUGGCUCCGGGAUCUACCUGAGGCUCAAAGAACCGGGCCAAAAAAUCUGGAAGCGCAAGAUUAUCGCGGUCUACUCCGGUCACCAGUGGGUGGAUGUGCACGGGGUUCAGAAGGAUUACAACGUGGCUGUGCGCAUCACUCCGCUCAAAUAUGCCCAGAUUUGCCUCUGGAUCCACGGAAACGCAGCCAACUGUGCUUACGGCUGAGAGAAAACUGAAGCGAGCUCACAUGCACCCUGAAUCCCAAAGAAAGCCAGCU